CAAGCUCUGGGAGUACUGCUCGUCAACCUGUAGAUAGCAAUGUUCAAUGCAAAAAACAAGGUGGGGGGUGGUAUGCCUGUCUGUCCCAAGAGAAGAAAUCAGAGCACUUGGAGAAGCUCCGUAUGGCCCGACUAGAAAAGAAAGCUAUAGAAAAAAGUGUGAAUGUUGAUGUACCUCAAUCCCCUGCCACUCAAUUUUCCACAGUAAGUACAGCAGCAGCCUUCGGUACUACUGAUCAUCAACCUGUAGAGACAUGCAAAAAACAAAGUGGACAUGGGUGGUAUUCCCGUCUGUCCCAAGAGAAGAAAGCGGAACACCUAGAGAAGCUCCGGAUAGCCCGACUAGAAAAGAAAGCUGCAACAAAAAGUUUGGGUGUUGAUGUAUCUCAAUUCCCUGCUCCUCAAGUUUCCACACCUUGUACGGUGGGACACAAAAAACAAAGUGGUCAUGGUUGGUUUGCUAGACUAUCUGAAGAUAAAAAAGAAGAAUACCGGAAGAAGCGUAGGAUGUCCCGGCAGGAAAAACAAAAUGCAACUCUCCAUGACGAUGUUUCGCUUGGUAAUAUUACUAAAUACGAUGGUGGUAUGCUAAACACGGAGGAUGAUGAUGAUAAUGAUUCGAUGCACACUAAUCUGAAUUACCAACGAGCUAAUCUGAAUUGCCAGCAAGGUACAGUGCACGUUCAACAUAUACAUGACAUGCAAGGACAAGAAAGAUUUCUGCCCAGAAGUUUUAUAUCUGGACAGUCCAGUGAAAUGAAAGAUGCAUCUUCUGAGAAAAAACGACGACGUAUGAGGGAACAAUAUGCAAACAUGCCAACGCAUGACAAAGAGGUUGUGUUGUGUUGUAAUCGUGCAUAUAAGAUAGCAUGACGGCAUACUGGACCAUUACACAACCAAUCUAACACUACUGAUGUCGCCGAUGGAUCAAAAACGCACUCACCAAGUACACCUUCCAUACCGAGGGCAUGCAUGCCUUCUGGUAAAUCAUCGUAUAUAUGCCUUCUGAUGCCAUCCACACCGAGGAAGAGUUCGAUGUAUCUGGAAUUUUUGAGCCAAUUCAACCCACUACUGAAAUGGAAGACUGCUUCGACGACAUGCAUGGGGAAGAUAUACUAUACGAUGAUGAUGACGACGACAUGCAUGGGGAAGAUAUACUAUACGAUGAUGAUGACGAAGAAUGCAGGAUAUUUACUGCACAGGGUCAUCACUUCGAGUCAUAUAGAGUGACAGCUACUGCUGAUUUGGGUAUACAGAAUGAUGACCCUUAUGACAAUAUCUACAAAAAACUACCGAAGAGGCAUCAUGUUUUGAAGAGAAGUGAGUGACUGCGACUACCGUGGAGCAAUGAGAUUCCAAUAUGAGGGUCCAGCCUUCUGUUGCAGAAAAGGAAAGGUCAAAUUAUUUAUCCCAGAUGUUCCUCAAGAGUUGCAACAGUUGUUUACAAGUCAAGAUGAUGAUGAUGCAAAAUAUUUUAGACAACACAUUCGGUAUUUUAACUCACACUUCUCCUUCACAAGUCUUGGAGUCACCCUUGACCAUCAGGUUAGCAGCGCUGCCAGGACUAGGAUAUACACAUUCCAUGUGCAUGGUUAGUUGUAUCACCGUCUAGACCAUUUGGUACCUGCUGGUCAAGGACCUAGGCAUUUGCAGUUGUACAUUUUUGAUACAGAUGACACCUUGGAGCAUAGGGUGAAGCGGUCUUCAGAUCUUGAUAUCAAUCGCAUACGAAAGAUUUUGCGGAUACUAGCCAACAAUCCCUAUGUGGACAUAUUUAAGAGCAUCGGUUUUGUUCCAAACCUGGCAGAGUAUAGGAUUUCUUUAAACACAGAUAUAAAACUGGAUCAGCGAAGGUACAAUGCUCCUACAACUUCUCAGGUGGCUACGAUGUGGGUUGAAGGGAGUGACCCACAGAACACCUUUGAUAGAAGUGUUAUUGUGUAUGGAAAAGGGGAUCGUCCUGUAUAUAUCAGAGCAUACUAUGGAUGCUAUGAUCCUUUGGCGUAUCCAUUAUUUUUUCCCCGCGGGGAAACAGGAUGGAACCGUUUCAUGCCGUAUGAUGGACUAGCUACUGUUCAAACAAACCGCGAGGAUGACACCGGUGAGGUACCACCUUCUCUUCCUCAGGCCAACGAGGAUGAACACAUGAUGAAGGAUGUGAGGUUCCAGCAGAUGACAACGAGAGCCAGGAUGAAGAUGGGGUUGUGGAGUCCAGGAAAUUUGUCAGCGCACGCGAGUACUAUUGUUUCAAGCUACAAGUUAGGAAAGGACUUUUUAACAUCAUAUUGUUCGGUCAUCGCCUUCUCCAGCAGUGGGCUGUUGAUAUGUACAUAAAGAUGGAGACUAUGAGGCUUGAUUUCUAUUCAAAACCUCAGAAUCAGAAGCUCAUACGCGCCGAACUCUACCAGGUAAUGUUUGCCAUUGUGCUAUCAACAAUGACUUGAUAAUAUGCUUGCUUGAACAAUUUUUGCCAUAGUGAUAUUUUUAAUAAUUGAUGUUGCCUCGACAUUAUGUGUUUUUGAUAUAUGGUUUACUAGACCUGCAUAGAAACAUGUUUUUAUUCAUUUACUUCUUAGGGUGUUGUUGAUGUCAUUGAGGUUGGCGAGACACGUGCUUCUCAUGUUGGCAAGAGAAUCAUUCUUCCACGUACAUUUCCUGGAGGUGAUAGAGAUAAGCAACGGCGAUUCCUUGAUGCGAUGGCUAUUGUGCAACGAUUUGGGAAACCAGAUUACUUCGUCACGAUGACUUGCAACCCGUACUGGGAGGAAAUAACUUCCAACCUUGCACCCGGGCAGACACCGCAAGACCGCCCAGACCUCGUGGCUAGGGUAUACAAGGCCAAGUUGAGAGAUAUGAAAGAUCUUUUGAUCAAGAAAAAAAUACUUUGGCACGGUUGCUGCUUAUGUUCAUGCUACCGAGUUUCAAAAAAGGGGGCUACCACAUGAGCACUUCCUUUUGAUCAUGGACACAGAUAGUAAGCUAACAAACCCUGAUGGUUAUGACAGAGUCAUAUCGGCUGAGAUUCCUGACAAGGACGAGUACCCUAUACUGCAUGCUCUGGUGAUCAAACAUAUGCUCCAUGGACCAUGUGGUACUCUCAAGAAAAAUUAUCCUUGCAUGAUAGAUGGAGAAUGUCGUUUUCACUAUCCUCGACAGUUUUGUGCCGCUACGCAACAAGGAAAGGACUCAUAUCCGAUCUAUAGGAGGAGAGAUGAUGGCCGACGCGUAAAAGUCAGGGGUGCUGUGUUGGAUAAUAGAUGGGUGGUCCCUUACAACCCUGGUCUACUUAUGCGGUAUAACUGUCACAUCAACGUGGAAGCUUGCUCAAGCAUCAAAGCUGUUAAAUAUCUUUUCAAAUACAUCUACAAAGGACAUGAUCGUGCAUCCUUCUCAGUUGAUUCUGCAGGAAAUGAUGAUAGUGUAAUAAAUGAGAUUCGGCAAUAUAGAGAUGCAAGGUUCAUAUCACCACCCGAGGCUAUCUAUAGGAUUUGUGCUUUCCCGAUGUUUGGUGUUUCGCCAGCUGUUCUUCAACUCCAGCUCCACUUACCCAAUAUGCAUACUGUUGCAUUCAAAGGGUCUGAUAACCUAGAGGAUGUCAUCACACGCCUGUCUUCUUCUAAAACUAUGCUGACGCAAUAUUUCAAGAUGAACCAGGAGGACCCUUAUGCACAGAAUUUCUUGUACAAUGAGUUCCCAGAAUACUUUAGAUGGAUUAAAGGUAAAAAGAAGUGGCAAAGAAGAAAAUAGAGGGGACGCAGACAAGUUGGUAGAAUUGUGUAUGCGAACCCUGCUGAAGGUGAGAGAUACUACUUGAGGGUGCUCCUAAAUCAUGUUAGAGGUGCAAUUUCAUAUGAGGACCUGAAAACUGUAAAUGGAAAGAUUUGCUUGACCUUUAGAGAAGCGUGUGAGCAGAGAGGCCUUAUAGAGACUGACAAAUCCCUUGACGACUGCCUGACUGAGGCUGCUACUUUCUAGAUGCCUUCUGCUCUAAGAAGGCUUUUUGCGACUAUUUUGGUGUUCUGCGAGGCGACCAACAUCAAGGAACUAUGGGACAAACAUCUGGAGGCGAUGACUGAGGAUUAUCGUCGUAUCCAGCCCAACCAAGCAGCAUUAGAGCAGAUGGUGCUUAGAGACAUUAGGGAUUUGAUUCAUUCGAUGGGUAAGGAUAUUAAAAGUUACGGCCUUCCAGAGGUGGUUGAAACAGACGGCGAUCAUUCUAGCGACAACUUGAGAGAGGUUCGGUAGGAAUUGUCAGUCGGUGUGGACCAAGAUCAUCUAGAUUUAUUUACUUCUUUGAACACUGAGCAGCGAGCUGGAUUUGAUGAAAUAUUGGAUCACGUGGUCAACAAUAGGAGCCAAAUAUUCUUUGUUGAUGGUCUAGGUGGCACGGGGAAAACUUAUCUGUAUAAAGCACUUCUUGCUAGGGUACGUUCGCUUGGACAAAUAGCUAUUGCAACUGCUACAUCUAGUAUAGCUGCAUCGAUCAUGCCCGGUGGACGAACCACCCAUUCCAGGUUCAAAAUACCGAUUAGGCUCACGGACAACAACAUGUGCAGUUUCACCAAGCAGAGUGGUACUGCGGAGCUGCUUCAUAGGGCAUUGUUGAUAAUAUGGGAUGAAGUUGCCAUGACAAAGCGUCAAGCAGUAGAGGCACUUGAUAGGUCACUACAAGAUAUCAUGGGAAGUGAUUUGCCUUUUGGGGGGAAGGUUGUUGUGUUUGGAGGAGAUUUUAGGCAGGUCCUUCCUGUGGUGACACGUGGGACAAGGGCACAGAUCACUGACGCAACACUACCGAGAUCUUAUCUAUGGGAGAAGAUUAAGAAAAUACGACUGAGGCGUAAUAUGAGAGCACAAACUGACCCCUGGUUCUCCAAAUAUCUCCUAAGAAUUGGGAAUGGAACGGAGGAGACGAUUGGUGAUGAUUAUGUGCGUCUUCCUGAUGACAUUGUGAUAGGGUACACUUCCACAGAAGAAUCGAUAAAGAAGCUUAUCGAAGAAGUCUUCCCAUCACUGCAUGAGAAUGCUGCAUCUGGAGCCUAUAUGAGCACACGUGCUAUCCUUUCUACCAAGAAUGAGCAUGUGGACGACUUGAAUGAAAAGAUGAUUGACAAAUUUCCUGGCCAAGAAAAGGUAUACUAUAGCUUUGACUCCGUCGAUGAUGAUGCACACAAUAACUAUCCAAUUGACUAUCUAAACUCGAUCACCCCAAAUGGCUUGCCCCGACAUGUUCUGAAAAUCAAGGUCAAUUGUCCUGUCAUUUUGCUCCGAAAUCUCGAUCCUCACAAUGGGCUAUGUAACGGAACAAGAUUGAUGAUUAGAGCGUUCCAAGACAAUGCAAUAGAUGCCGAGAUUGUUGGUGGACAACAUGCUGGAAAGAGAGUGUUCAUACCUAGGAUUCCUUUGGCACCCUCCGAAGACAUAUCACUUCCUUUCAAGUUGAAGAGGAAACAAUUCCCGAUUCGCUUGAUUUUUGCAAUGACCAUAAACAAAGCCCAGGGGCAAACUCUAGCAACUGUUGGUAUUUACCUUCCUGAGCCCGUCUUCUCACAUGGCCAGCUAUAUGUUGCACUGUCAAGGGGAGUUUCAAGGCAGACCACUAGGAUUUUGGCCAAGCCAAAUAAGGACAUAGAUCCCACAGGGAAAAGCACCAAAAACAUUGUGUAUAGAGAUGUUUUGGAGGGAUGAUUCAGGUUUGUCAUCCAUAAAUAUUGUUGUCGAUUUCUACUAUUGGGCGUGUAUUUGCAAUACUUCUUAGAACUAACAUCAUAUAUGUGUUUCUAGAUGCAGAUUUUCGUCAGUACACAUCAUGUUGGCAGGAUACAGAAGCCAUCUUCUGUAAGCUGCCUUGCGAAACAUUUUAUCGUUCAAAUUUAGCUCUUAAGUAUUUGUUGGUGAGCCGAGCAGUCCCAUUUAUUCAUGGUUGAAAACCUUUGUUGUGAAUCCCCAUGCUCCAUCCUACAUGAUUAUGAUUCCUGAAUUAAUCACUAAUUAUCCUGUUAUGACCAACACUUGUCUCAGUAACACUUAUUAUUUGCUCUAGCAGCAUUGCCACAUUGGUUUUCUUUUAGGCAAAUUCGUACUUCUGCUCUUGUCAGUCCAAUAUUUUUUAAAUCUACCUCUACAUACAAAUUUAAAAGGUCCAUCUUAUCUUAUGUCCAGUUUGCAAUAUACAGAGCAGUUGCACACAUGACUCCUUAGGGAAGUUUAGAAUUUUUGAAUUCAUAUUGCUGAAGUGUAGAUGCAAGUUUCAGUGUGAUAUGGUGCUUCUAAUUACUGUAUUGGACUGACAAGACCUGUCGAUCUGUGUUGCGACUAAUGAAGAUGUACAUCAUGCAGUGGGGAGAUGCACAAGAGUUCAAGCAUUGUGUAUGGAUAUUAUAGAUUUCUCGGCACUACCGGAUCUGCAACAUUUUACCUAUUCUGGUCCUCAUUGGCUUCUUUGUAAUGACAUCAUUUUUUAGAAGGCCCAGGCUUCUAUUGAUUCCUCUGUUCAGUUCCUUUUUAUAGGAGAAGGUUGAUUUUUCAGAUUUGUCCCUGCUUGCAUGCAGGGGACUUUGUUUUCUUAUUUAAGAAUUACGGUUAAUACAUAUUUUCUCCUUCAAUAGAAACUUUG